AUGAGGGCCCUGGGGACGCUGGUGGCCCUGCUGCUCCUGGGCUCCCAGGCCCACAGUGAGCCCGAGUGGACCUACUCAGAGGGGGCACUGGAAGAGGAGUCCUGGCCCCUGGAGUACCCGGCCUGCGGCGGGCAGAGACAGUCGCCCAUCAACCUGCAGAGGAAGAAGGUGCAGUACAACCCCUCCCUGCAGGUGCUGGAGCUGAAGGGCUACGACACCUACACGGGCGAGUUCUCCAUGACCAACAAUGGCCACACAGUGCAGGUCAGCCUGCCCCCGACCAUGCGCAUGACGACGUCCAAUGGCACCGAGUACAUAGCCCUGCAGAUGCACUACCACUGGGGCGGUGCCUCCUCCGAGGUCAGCGGCUCGGAGCACACUGUGGACGGGAUCAGGCGUGUCAUUGAGGUUCACAUAGUUCACUACAACUCCAGGUAUGAGAGCUAUGAUGUGGCCAAAGAUGCAUCAGAUGGUUUGGCCGUACUGGCAGCCUUCAUUGAGAUCAAAGAUUAUGCUGAAAACACCUAUUACAGCCAGCUAAUUUCUCAGUUGGCCAACAUCAGGUAUCCAGGGCAAGUCACCACUCUGACGGACCUUAACAUCAGGGAGAUGCUGCCAGAGAACGUCGACCACUACUACACCUACGAGGGCUCGCUCACCACCCCGCCCUGCUCCGAGAACGUCCUGUGGUUCGUGCUAGCAGACUCCGUGUUCAUCUCCAGGGCACAGGUUUGGAAGAUGGAGAACUCCGUACUGAAUCACCUGAAUGAGACCCUCCAAAACGGCUACCGCAGCACCCAGCCGCUGAACCAGAGAGUGGUGGAAGCCAACUUCCUGUACUCCCCUACUGAGUGUGAGUGA